GGGCUCGACUAUGGUUUCUCGAAACAGUGUAGUACAUUUUCAAAUCAUUCUUUUUCAGUUUCUGCACCCCCUUUCUUUUACUCUUACUUACACACACCCUCCCCACCAGAUAGAUGGAAUUCAGUUCUGCACAAUGUGCACCCUCCCGCAGACAAAGAAUGCACCCCACGACGACCACUCGCCGCAGCUCCGGCGACAACGCCGCCGAAAUCAAACACGACUGGAUCUCCGAAGCAGUAAACGGUGGUUCUCUUGGCCACGUGGACCUUAACACCGGAACCAACGGCUGGACCUCCCCUCCAGGCAACCUCUUCGCCCUCCGCUCCAACAAUUACUUCACAAAACGACAAAAAUCUCCCGCCGGCGAAUAUCUCCUUUCCCCCGCCGGCAUGGACUGGCUCAAAUCCACCACUAAACUCGAUAAUAUACUCGCACGCGCCGAUAACCGUAUAACAAACGCGCUAAGAAAAUCACAAGCUCAAAACCACUCGCUUAAGAGUUUCAUCUUCGCCGUAAACCUUCAGAUUCCCGGCGGCAAGGAACAUCACAGUGCAGUGUUCUACUUUGCCACAAACGAACCGAUCCAAACCGGUUCACUCCUUUACAGAUUCAUAAACGGCGACGACUCGUUCAGAAACCAACGGUUCAAGCUAGUGAACCGGAUCGUGAAAGGACCGUGGAUCGUGAAGAAAGCGGUUGGUAACCAUAGCGCGUGUUUGUUAGGGAAAGCAUUAACUUGCAAUUACCAUAGAGGAUCGAAUUACUUAGAAAUUGACGUUGAUAUUGGAAGCAGUGCAAUCGCAAACGCGAUUCUUCACCUCGCGUUGGGUUAUGUAACUUCUGUUACCAUUGACAUGGGUUUUGUUGUUGAAGCGCAGACGGAGGAUGAGUUGCCGGAGCGUUUGAUCGGUGCUGUUAGGGUUUGUCAGAUGGAAAUGUCGUCAGCUACCGUUGUUGUAGAUUCAUCACACGCGCCAAUGUCAGUGCCGCGUGGGAUUGGGUUGGCCAAGGUUAAUCACCAUAAGUCUGAAGACGAGGAAGAAUCUAAUUUUUAGUUAUUAUGAUUGUUUAUUUACUUGCACAUAAACUAUUUUCUUAAGUUUAAAUUCUUCUGCAAAUAAUUAUUAUUCUUGGAUUAUUGCUCAAUUUAAAACUGGUGUAAGAUCUUAAUUUGCACAUUUACCAUUAAAUUAGAAAUUCAGUGCGAUUAAGUUAGAGUUAAUUUAGAGGAAAUUUUAUGUGACGGGGAAGGGAAGAGAAAGAUAACUAACUGUAAAGUGAAGUUUGGGAUUGAGAUGGUAUGUGGAAUGUUUAGUUUGUUUUUUCU